CUCAGCAAGCCACCAGUCAGCCGUAGCUUCACUAACUCACCGUACUUUUACCACUAAAUAAAUCCGUUAAUCGGAAAUAUCACCUUUGACUUUAAAUUGGCGAAUUCUUCUUCAUCUGUUGCCACGUAUAAAGGGACCUACAUCUCGGAUUAUUGCCUCCGCGUUACUAAAUACAAGGGAUCUAAACAAAAUAUCAAACCGAGGCCCUAAGCCCCGUCCCCGGAUCGCCUGCUACAGCGGAUAGCCUCACACCGACGCCGACAUGGGGGACACGGGGAGCGAACGCAGCAAGCCUCCCAGUACCGCUAUACCCCCACGCUGCCCCUGUGGGUUCUGGGGGUCGGGCAAAACCCUGAAUCGAUGUUCCAAAUGUUUUGCAGACGUUCAGAAGAAAGAGACAGAUGAAGAAUGUCCCCCAAAGUCUGCCCCCGGCACCAGCAACAACCAAUCAGAUGUUUUCUGUAACGAGUCAAACAGCAACCUCGGCCAAUCCCUCACGUCGACAGCUACCCCUUCAGAGGAAGCUCCGCUCAGCGAGGCGGGAACCACGUCACAUGCAGGCGAGGCGUUCUCCAGCACAGAGACAGCCCUGGGCACACUCUCACCCCCCACAAAACGCCCUUCUGACUCAGCAUCACAGUCGGAGGGGGAAUACUCCCCAGAGAAGCGAGCGAGGUUGAGGGAGCUGCCAGCGGAGCCUUCCUCCUCGUCUUCAUCGUCUUCGGCGUCUUCCAGCAGCAGUAAGCAGCGUGGCCGCCGGCGCUGCCAUCGCUGCCACGCCAAGCUGGAGCUGGUCCAACUGGAGCUGGGCUCCUGCCGCUGUGGUCACGUGUUCUGCAUGCUGCACCGGCUCCCCGAGCAGCACCACUGCCUCUUCGACCAUCUGGGCCGCGGCCGGCAGGACGCCGUCCUCAAGAUGGUCAAGCUGGACCGCAAGGUGGGCCGCUCCUGCCAGCGCAUCGGAGAGGAGUGUUCGUGAGCACGCACACUCCUUCCCCCCAGGCGCACACCCAAACCCCCCCCCAUCUGGUCGGUCGCUUCGAGGAUGGACUCCCCCCUUUAUAGUUUUUUAGUUUUUGGGGCUUUUUGGCAGAUUUCUUGCUGGAUCUACGAAAAACACCUCCUCCCUUUUACCCCAUCUCCCUGUCCUUUUCUUAUUUUGUAUCACUGCUGCUAAAUAGCCUUUUGGGAAUUGAAUCUUUUCAGCGAGAGGACAAUAACCAGAAGAAGAGAUCUAUAUAUAUAUAUAUUGAGAACACUUUUUACCUUUUUUUUCUCUCAGUUCUACAGUCUAGACAAAUCAAGAACAGGUAAGAGUUUAAGAUUAGAAAAUGCAAGAAAAGCUAGAAACAGUUUUUCAGCCAUGCUUCUGGGACUGCUUCUUACCUCCACCUCCAACAGUCGUGAAAUGAGAAGAGAAAUGGGGUGGAAAGUCAAGACUUUGGGUGGCUCGUCUUUACCUCAGAAUCAGAUGGAGCUGUUGAGCCCCCAGCUCUGGACCCCGCAGGGGAGACCGCAGCUAGUAAUUCAGCCUCGCCUGAUGUCAGUGUCUUACCCACACACACACACACACUUUGCCCACAAACAUCACCUCAGGUUAUUGUAAUACCAGUCCGAAGUCCAAACAGUAAAAGUCUUUACCUUCCCUACGACCCCCUCCAGCUCGUUUUCUUCCACAAGACAGAAGAACUGUUAAGGGACGCUCUGUCUUAUGUGAGGUUACCGCUCAGCGGGAUGCGAUGAGAACUAAUGGGGAGUGUGUUGAACUCAGAGAGCGUCUGAAGACCUGUGAACCGCUCUUCCGAUUGAAAUGUCUAUCUUUGGAAAGUCUGCCGUGUGAUUGGUCUGUCCAUCUUUUCAGGGUUCUAAGAUUGAUUUUUGCAGUUUUUCUUUAUUAAUCCACUUUGUUUUUUCCCCCUGCAAUUCCCUACUCCAAGUUGAAUCAACAAUGGCAAUGAAAGACAAAGAUGUAACCGAUACACCAAGCUUGUGCUUACAAUUUAUGAUUAAACCCAAACAACAAACAACUGUUAUAGAGUAUGGUUCAUGAUUUUUUCGGUGUCAAGAUAUUGGUGUAUUUCUCCUACUAUUCAUUAUAUAAGCCAAUAACUUUAUUUCCCAUCAGCCCCCACUGGAGAAGGGAAGAGGUGCUAUCCUGAAAGGCCCAUGGAAGUCAUGGGCCUUGUCCAAGAUGGGACAUAGUCCUUUCCUUUUGGAGAGUCUGAUAAACUCUAAACCUCUCCCACUACUUUGCUUGCAUGCUGGCUCUCCUCCCGCCUCCGUCCGGUUGGCUUAAACUCCUCUAUUUCACUUCUUCAAUCCCUCGCUCCUGUGUUCUUUCUUUUCACCCACAUAAUGUCAUCUUGGAGAUGACAGGAAGAGGAAGUAGGUGGGCGGGGCUUGGACAGAAUGUGUCACAUGUUAAAUAUUCUGUAUUAGUUUGUCUUUUAUUUCUUCUUAGCUGUAAAAAAAGGGAAACUGAGAAUAGGCAGUGGAUAUCCUGUAUCCUGAAGAUAUUCUUAUUUAAUGUUUUAUUUUGUGUUGAAUGAUUAAUCAAUCUUUAUCCCGAUAAAUAUGCUUUGUGUUUCAGUAAUGAUCACUCAAAGGAAGCAGAAAAUGGAAAAUGAUGCAUUUAUUUAAUUAUCAUGUUUUAGUUCCCCCUUUUUUUUUCUGCAUCAGCCUUAGCAGAUUUUUUUUCCCUUUUUCUUUAAUUUGGCUGUGAAAGAAUAAACUGCAUUAGACAAAUGUUUGACGAUUGUGUUUAUUCGAAAGGAAGAUGGCCAAGCGUAAAAAUAUACAAAUACUUAUUUACUUAUUUUUCAUUGAUCAGCCUUCUAUGUUUAAUUGAAAAUAUCUGAUGGUUCUUUAUAUUGUUGAGACUAGCAGAUUACCAAUGGAAUUAAACAGAAUAAAGACUGUUUCCAUUACUAAUGGAAACAGUCUUCCAUUAGUAAUA